UCAGCUGACUUUGGGUUUUUUAAAGAACCAUGAUUUGUUUAAGGGAACUUUCUAACGUUAUUAAUAUUAAUUAUUUAAUUCAGGAUGCAGCAAAUGAUCAGCAACAACAACAAGAAUCAAAGCAACGGGAGACAGAAAUGAGGAACACUAUCCUUGCUCAAGUCUUGGAUCAGUCUGCUAGAGCCAGAUUAAGUAACUUGGCUCUCGUAAAGCCUGAAAAAGCCAAGUCGGUGGAGAAUUACUUGAUACAGAUGGCAAAGUGUGGGCAGCUUGGUGGAAAGAUUACUGAAUCAGGAUUGAUUGAAAUCCUUGAGAAAGUCAACCAACAGCUGGGAAAGCAAACAAUGGUCAAGUUUAACAGAAGAAAAGUAAUGGAUUCUGAUGAAGAGGACGAUUACUGAAUUCUGAAUGUGAGGCUAAUUUAUCAAUAACGGGGAAUUGGAACUCGAGCACUGUACUGACAGAAAUGGACCGAUUAGUGUUCUCCCCUGGUUUGCUGGAAGAAUUAUUCUAUAGUUUGUAUCGGUUGACAAUGUGGUUCCUAAUGCAGUUUAUAAUGCAUGAAACAAACCUCUUUUGGUUGGUUAGUUGUGGAGAUGUACUUCAAGAUGGACAUUUUGAAAAGACUUGGCGAACUCAAACAAUUUAAAUUAAACUGCAAUAUUGUGGACUAUGA